AUGGCGACUCAAGCAGCCGCAAUAGCCCACGGGCGGACCCUCAACCCUUCACUGUCCUUACCGAGAGGUGACUUGACUGAAGAUUCGGGCGGUUCGGGAGCGGAAGGCCGAGCGCGGAAGAAGUUCCAAAAAGUCAAUGCCAGCGAGAACGACCACCCUUUGUCUUUGCGAAAGUCCGGUAUUUCGGCGCCCAAUAGGAUACCAAGUGACUACAACGCAAGCCUCGUAGGGCGUCGGCGGCUGUCCACAAACAGAGAUCAGAAAGCGGCACCGCUUGGUCCAAGACCGUUAGACCGCUCCCCAUCGAAGAGCAUCCACAACACUGCGAACGCUACCUCUAAUAAUGCAACGACCCGCUCCUUCCUUCCUACAUCAACAAAUGAACCCCUCUUCGGCCAACCUGGGAAAGCUUCCAACCCCCGCUUCAGCUUCGGACAGUCGCAAGCUUCGUCGAGCAACCGGACGGAGAGCGGCUGUUUCGACUUCCUUCCCAAGGUCAACUUCGACGAUUUUCACGCUCGUGUCACCUCGAAUGAGACGACACUGAGCGAGUCUGCGCGUGGCGGAGAUAUCGACGGCGAAUCGACAGUACCUCCAGCGAGGAUCUCAGUGGAUAAUGGGACGCUGCGGGAUAUAGCCGAUGCUCCUAUCACACGAACCGCGUCGCUCAUUCGUCGCCUUAGCAACGGACGGCGCAAGGCGAGCCAGAGCUCUGCAGACUCCGCCACCAUGCCGCCACCCGGCGUGCUGUCUGUACGUACCCGUCGUCAGAGUCAGUUUCCUGCUUCUGCCCCGGGGAACCCUGCAGCACGGCCACCGCGGAAGUCUGUCGGACCCGGUCUCAUUACAACAUCCUUUGAAGCAAAGGGUGGGCAAACUGAAGCGACAAACACUACAACCGGAGCUGUACCGCCCAGCCUUGGUAUCAAUGGGUCCCUAGGCAAAGCGAGCCGACGCGGCAUUCUUGGACCCAGUGUUAGUGUGGAAGAGGUACCCCGUAUUUCGACCACUGCACGGAACCUCAAGACAAAAUCGCUGCAGCCUACCGUGAAGUCCGGCCAGGAACAUCUAUUGCCGCCUUCGAGGACGCCAGACCACAGCACCGGAUCGUCUAUACACAACACACGCUCUCCUGGUCGAUCGCCUGGUCAACGGAUCCAGACUCCGUCGUCCUCGGGAGGAAAGAGGCAGUCAACCGCUCAUACUCACCAUGUCGGUGGGCUAGGUGCACGCACCAUCAGUCCUACUGAUGCCAGACGACUAAGGCGCCUCUCCACUAUGCAGAAUCCGCCACCUAUGCCUCAAACACCGUCUGCAUCGAUGCCUGAUCUACCCCUGCCUGAUGCUUUGUCAGACGCCAGAGCUGCCACUCGUUCUCCCGCCAUGCUCUUUCGUAAAAGUAUAACACCAUCAUCCGCUCGCGAUACACCUGAAACCAAUCGCAAAUCUCUGCAUUCCGGACUGUCGUUAUCAUCAAGCUCGAGCUUCAACUCUCUCCGUGCAUCGAACACUACCCUACAGCCAAGAGCGAGCCAUCUCCUCUCCACAUCACGGUUGCCUACGCCGAAACCUAGGAGUGUGCACAGCGCCGCAGGUGGCCAUGAAGAGGAAGAAGUGCCGCCGGUGCCCGCUAUCCCGAAAGCUUAUGAGUCUCCCAAAGACCAGGUUGAUGAGCCAUUCUUCAGCAACCAGAAGCCACUGCCGGGUCCGAUAACGGACGACCCUUGGAGUUUCUCUAUGGUCGAGCCAGAGACUGCUCCCAGGCCUACUGCCUUCGACACUUUCAGGUCCGAAAGAGUGUUCUCGGAGCAACAUGUCGACAAAAGCAGCGUGCGACACAAGAGGGGUCUCACUGUCGGUACAGGUGCUGAGGCUGACAAGCCGGCUACCUAUCAUCCCGUCAACAAGAAGAGUUUGCAGCCUUCGAGACUGCCGCCCCUAAACCUCCCUCCACUGGGUACGCCAACUGCGGCGAGGAUUGCGUCCUUUCCCGCACCCUCCCAGGAGGUUGACCGCCGGCAAGCCACGCCACCUCCGAAGCGCAGCUACACGAAGACUCCAGGCACGCCGAUGACAGCUUCAAAGGCUACCUUUUUCUCCAAGCACCGUCUCGAAGACGAGGAUUUUGCGGUCAAAUCUCACUUUCGAAGCAGUUCGUCUCGUUACAACCUCAGACCCACUACUGGAGACUUCUUCAACUCCAUGACAUCCACCAGCAUGCCGCUAUCGAAAGUGAGCGACAGCCAGCGCCAAGUCGCUACUCCGUUCGCAUCCGCUUCUUUACCGAAAGAGGAUGAUGAUCUCGACCAGUUGAGAUCCCGGCCUAGUGGCGAGUCUAAGCAUACCGAACCCUCCGCUGAAUACAAUGACUUUGGUCUUACUGGCACUUUCUCGCACGUACCUGCAAAGAAAGACCCUCCCUCCGCACACACCUCGACAUCGACUGAGUACGAGACCGCCAGUUCAGGAGCUUCGUCCCUACGUCGCAAACUGAGUAUGAGCUGGAAGAGAAGUUCCUCAAAGGCGUCCCACCUUCAGCCGCAGCAGGCGGCUAAAGAUGAGAUGGCGCCACUGCCGCCGAAACACAACGACAUGCCUCCGCCUAAGUUGCCUGCCUCUGCCACAUGGAGCGGUCCAAUCCCUUCGAGCCCUGCCUCUUCUGCUCAUCCCCGCCCGUCGCUCGAGUCAGGACGAAGGAAGAGCUCUGCUACUACACUCCUUAACAAUGUCGAUCAAGAGCGUACAAACGGCCUCAAGAUCAACGGCGUACCCGGCACGCAAUCAUCUAAUCACACGGAACACCCUCCGUCCGCCUCUCGAUCUACAUCCUCCUCAGUCCUGGCUCCCAUGCACCGCAUGCUCGGCACGAAGCCCUCCUCCCAUCCGCUCAAACAGCGCCACGGCGAGCCGCUUCCCGACCGCGACGAUCUUGCAGCAGACGAAGAGAUGAAGAAGCUCGCCUCUAGACGCAAAGACCAUGAGAUCGCGGCCCGUGAGUUGGACGAGCUGAAGCGGCGUGCGAAACCAAUGCAGCGUGUAUCUCCGUCCCAGGCCCUGGACAUGGUGAACCUGAACAUCUUCGAAAGGGGCGAGAUCAUCGACUACAAGGAGAUCUACUUCUGCGGUACCAAGACCGCGAAGAAGCAUGUGGGCGAUUUGUCGCAGCAGGCGCAGAACUUUGGGUAUGAUGAUGAGAGGGGCGACUACAACAUCUGUCUCGGAGAUCAUAUUGCGUACAGGUACGAGGUAGUGGAUUUGCUGGGAAAGGGUAGUUUCGGACAAGUGGUUCGGUGUGUCGAUCACAAGACUGGCGGACUGGUGGCGAUCAAGAUCAUCAGAAAUAAGAAGCGGUUCCAUCAGCAGGCUCUGGUGGAGGUAAACAUCCUGCAGAAGCUGAAGGAUUGGGACCCCGAAUCUAAACAUUCGAUGAUUUCCUUCACCCAGUCUUUCUACUUCCGCGGCCACCUCUGCAUCUCUACCGAGCUCCUCGGCAUAAACCUCUACGAGUUCAUCAAAGCCCACGAUUUCAGAGGCUUCAGCCUUCGCCUCAUCCGCCGCUUCACCCGCCAGCUCCUCUCCUCUCUGGUCCUCCUCCAGUCCAAGCGCGUCAUCCACUGUGACCUAAAACCCGAGAACAUCCUCCUCGCCCACCCACUCAAAGCCGACAUCAAAGUGAUCGACUUCGGCAGCAGCUGUUUCGUCGACGAGAAAGUCUACACCUACAUCCAAUCGCGCUUCUACCGGUCCCCGGAAGUUAUCUUGGGCUGCUCGUAUGGAUUGGGUAUUGACAUGUGGAGCCUCGGCUGCAUUCUGGCGGAGCUGCUGACGGGCUACCCCGUUUUUCCCGGCGAGAACGAGCAGGAGCAGCUCGCGUGCAUCAUGGAGAUCUUUGGGCCGCCGGAGAAACACCUUAUCGAGAAGAGCUCAAGGAAGAAGCUGUUUUUUGAUAGCAUGGGCAAGCCGAGGAUCACGGUCAGUAGCAAGGGACGCAGACGGAGACCGAGCUCCAAGACGCUGGCGCAGGCGCUCAAGUGCGAGGACGAGGCGUUUGUGGAUUUUGUGGCGAGGUGCUUGAGGUGGGAUCCUGAGAGGAGGAUGAGGCCGGAUGAGGCGGUGUUGCAUGAGUUUGUGACGGGUGUUAAGCGGCCGCCCGUGAGGGACAGACUUACCAGCAGGACGGCGACGGGCACGCACCUCAAUGGCGCUGGGACGGCUGAUGGGAGGCCAAGCCCGAUGAAGAGGUUUAAUACCACCCAAGCGACCCCUGGGACACAGAGAGUCAGGCCUCUGCCUGAGGCGCCGGUCACGUCGCUCAGGAACCUGGGCCCGACGGAGCGGAGGGACGUCUCGAGCACGAAUGCCAGUCCGGUCAAGGGAAAUGUCAAGAGGAGGGAGACGGUUCACGGGAAUGCGGCGCUAAUCCAGCCGACUGUGGGCGUGAAACGGACGAGUGGUGGCAAUCCGGUUGCUGCUGGAGGGGCUAAUGGAGUAGCGAACGGAGUCGGAGGGGCAGGGAGUGGGACGAGCGGGUUACCGAGAGCUACGGCGGCGGGGAGGAGUUUUAGCGCUAGGCAGCCGGUGGACAUGGCGAGUGCGGCUGCUGUUGUGGCUAGUGCUAGCCAGAGGAGGAUUGGGCAGGUUGAUGCAAGGUACUGA